AGCUGCUUUGAAGGAUUCAAGGUCUGAAGCACUUCUUGAACCGCCCAUGUUGUGCCAAUGUAUGGGGGCAGUGCCAAAGGUGGCGAAGAGCAUUCAGGGGUGCAUGCCCUCAGUCUUGCACCUGAAGUUGAAGUGCGUCGGUUUGGCAACGCGCCAAGAGAUGGUGAACGCAGAGAUGGCUGUCUCAGAGCUCCGGGCAGUUGCAUCCAGCUUGUUUGGACUAGAGGCAGCGGUCCUCAUGCACAAGGGCAAAGCCUUGCGAGGCGACCUGAGUUUGGCGGCCGCCGGGCUGGCUGCAGCCGAUGCGGUGAUCUUCGUGUUGCCGGCCUUGCCGCAUGGCUGGCCGGAGUUCUUGGCCCAGGCGGCGCGGGCCAGCCCUUUCGAGUGGGAAGCCGCCUUGAAGGAGCGGCGCCUCGAAGCCACGGAGCUGCGGCUGGUGGUGGAGCUCGAGGAGGAUGGCCGCGACGCCUACCACUACGAGGCGCUGCUGGAGCACGGCUUUGUUCCGAGGUUCCUCUGGGCGGAGCUGCUGGGCCGCAACACCGCCACGGUGCGAGCCUGGCGCCGGAAUCCGAGCCUGGUGAGGCGCAGCGGAAACUGGCUGAUCCGGCCCAACCCCAACUACUUUGACUAUGAGCAGGGGGUCAGAGCCCCCAAGGACCUGAAGUUUGGGCUCCGGGGCUUCCGCCUCAUCGCCUGGUGGAUCCACCCGGAACUUCAGACUGGCAGCGUCUUCUUCGCUCACGGCGGGUCGGGACCCGGAGACGGCCCGUGCGCUCAAAGGAGGCUUCUCUAUGAAGAGGACUGCCCGGAAGAGGACUCCACUUUCGACAAUGAGUGUGUUGUGCGCCUCAGCGAGUUUGCGACGUACCUCAUGACAUGGAGGGACCUGCGGCCCGAGCACUUGCCGGAGCUUCGCCAGCUGCAGGCAGACGUGAUGCAGCACCUGGAGGAGAUCUAUGGGGUGCAGGAGCACGAGCUGGCCGACUACGACCUGCAGUUCCACACCACCACAGCCAUGAGGAGCCCCCUAUUUGGAGCUGAGCGGGGUCAAUACAUGACCUUACACUUGCAAAUUGGAGUGCGGCAUUGCUGGACAUUGUCCUGCAUGUCGCGGCACAUGGCUUUGGGAGAGGUCAUCAAAAUGCUGGAGCAAGGGGGGGAUGCACGCCCGGCGCAUGUCUACUGUGAAGAAAACAGCCCUUACCCUAUGGCGCCGAUCAUGUACUCUGAGAAGCUCUCGCUUUCCGAUCUUGGGCUUGGCGACGAGCUGCCGGCAGCCUACCACGCCUUGGACGAAGUCAAAACGGCAGAAGUACACCGAGAGGCAGUGCUGAGGUUGUGUGACAUGUCGGCUGGGACUGGCAGCACUGCGGUGGUCCUGCUGGGCCCGCCUGGGGUGGGCAAGAGCACGCUGCGCCAGAUGCUGGCACAAAACGAUGCCAUCCCGGGGCUGGGCGACUUUCCGCUUCGCGGCGGUUCUGGCCUUGAUGCUGUGGUGGUGGACGGCGACCUGGUGCGGCAGGUUCAACCCCUCAGCCCACAAGGUACCGCUUGGAUCAAGGACCAAGUGAUUGCUGCGGCCAUCCGGGAGAAGAAGAACCUCCUCGUGGCCACAGUUCGGGGCGAGGACAUCAUCACGCGCCUGGUGAGCCAGGGCUACAAAGUUCACCUCAUGCUGGUUUUUACCUCUUCCUCCCUGGCCUCCACCCGGCGCAGCGCCCGGGCGGACCGCCCGGCUGGCCGACGAGAUUGCCGUGCCCAGGCUUUCGCAGAGGUCACCCGAUCCUGCUUCGCAGCAUCGCUGGCGGCCAAACCUGGCGGCGGAACAAUAUACUUUGUCGAGAACUGCAGCUCUCCGAGGGUCGUGUCCAGCUGUGCGUUGACCAGUCAGCUGGAGAUUGCCCAAAGCUGCUACAGCAUGUGCCAUUCUGCCGGCGUUCCCGUGUCUUGGUCAGAUCCAUGCUGGCUGGACAGAGCUGAGCUGCACCAGCGGCAUCGGGUGGGGUGCCUAGGCAGGAACAAACGCCUGGUCUUGGUAGCUGGACCGCAAGGUGCCGGCAAAACUUCGGCCUGGCGCGACGCGCGGGUGAGGAGGGCCCUCUUUGGCUUGGAGGAUUUUGCGGUGAUCGACGGAGAGGUGUUCUACGAGGCACACUGGGGCCAUCAAGUGGUGAUGGCGACGCAGCAGCGCUGCCGCUCACAUCUGGACCUGGCCGCAGACAUGAAAAGGUGGAAAGUAGAGACCUUGAAGCGUUGCUGUGACCAGGGCUUGGACAUUGUGCUGCCUGUCACUGGCACAAGCCCGGGAUUGGACAUGAUUUCAUACUUCAAAGACGCAGCCGGUUACACCGUCAGCGCAGUCCUUCUUUUCAUCAGCCCCAAAACUUCAAUGCACAGGGCGGAACGCCGCCAUGUGGGGACAGGACGUCCGUGCAUGGAUCACUCAACAUACAGAAUCACAUGCCAGUUCAUGUCAAGCGUGCCAGAACUCGUCAAUGGCAAGAUCCGGUACAUUGACAAUGAAGACUUCUUGUGGAAGGAAGUGUCAAGGGAGCUUUUUCACAACAAGCUAUGCGGCUUUUUGGAGGGAUGCGACAUAUAGUUCGCAAUACGAUCCCCCUCGUUGAGGCAUAGUGUUGUGCACCCUGAGGGUGUCCCAGUUC